AAAUUUUGUUAUCAAUUUUCAAAAACAUUCAUUUAAUAUAAUAUAUAUCAACUUGGCUAACCAACAUUUUGUAUUUAUUAUCAAUAUGAUGUUCAAUUUUUUCAAUAAUCAUCAACUAAUCAUCAAAAUUGAUUACUUUUCAUUCUGAUCUCACUUAUCAAUUAUUGUUUAUAUACUGUGUUUAUACAUUUUACUAUAAACUCUUCAUCUUUUCUUAAUAUUCAUCAUUAUGGUCGACUCUCGAUAUGAUCUCGGUAAACAGCCAUCGAGCUAAGUUGACUCUGCAGCCACUCAAUUUGUGAGUCCAUCUUUUUGGCGAUUAUAAACCUUAUCAAACCAUGAAGGAGAUGGUGGGUGGAUGCUGUGUUUGUAGUGAUGAACGAGGAUGGACUGAGAAUCCCUUAGUAUAUUGUGAUGGCAAUCAGUGUAGUGUUGCUGUUCACCAAGCUUGUUAUGGCAUUGUUCAGGUUCCUACUGGUCCCUGGUUUUGCCGUAAAUGUGAAAGUCAAGAAAGACAAGCUAGAGUGAGAUGUGAACUUUGCCCUUCUAAAGAUGGGGCACUGAAAAGGACUGAUAAUGGUGGCUGGGCUCAUGUUGUGUGCUCACUUUAUAUACCAGAAGUCAGAUUCGGAAAUGUUACUACUAUGGAACCAAUAAUUCUGGCCUUAGUGCCUCCGGAUAGGUUCCAUAAGACAUGUUACAUUUGUGAGGAGCAAGGCAAGGAAAGCAAAGCUUCAGUGGGAGCAUGUAUGCAGUGCAAUAAACCUGGAUGUAAACAUCAUUUUCAUGUGACAUGUGCUCAAGCUGCUGGUCUAUUAUGUGAAGAGGCUGGAAAUUUUAACGAUAAUGUAAAAUACUGUGGAUACUGUACUCACCAUUAUCAUAAAUUGAAAAAGGAUGGUUCAAAUAUCAAACCCAUUCCCGCAUUUAAACCGAUUCCAGUAGCGGAUUCCACUCCAGAAUCUAGUCCUGAUAAGAAGACUCAAGGUCCUUCGGGGUUAUCUUCGAUUAAUAAACCGAGUUUGCCACUCGAAAUAUCCAAACCACCUAAAAAGAAAGUAGCAAAAACUCAUAAUGCAACCUUAUCUACCUCUGCGUGUACCGGUUCUACAAUAGUUAGCAAUAUACCUAGCAAUAAUCCUGGAUCCUCCAAUAGUUUAGGUAAAUCUUCUUUUACCAUUAAUCCUGACAAUCAAAAAAUGAGGCGCGAAUGUCUUGGAUUAAAUGAUAAUGCUGUUGGUCCUCAUUUUCCAGGGUCUCGUCCAAGUGUGGAACAUGGAUCGGAAAGUAAACCCAAAAAUGAACGAAAGAAAAAGAAAUUUGUGAUAUCAUCAGCUUCUAGCUCCCCCAUUCAUCCAAGUUCACCUGCAUCGGUCAACAAUCGUGAAUCUUCUCUUGAUCGUCUUCCUUCUCAAAGUCCUUCACCCAACCCGACUCCCAGUUUCACAGCAAUGUAUGGAAGUCUUACCGCCAAAGAUUCAUCAACCUCUUCAAGUGACAAAAAGGAGAAACCGAAACGUGAAAUUGAAGACGAUUCAUCGACGGAGGCCGAGGAAGAUGAAAAUAAACCUACAGCCAGCCUACCAACAGCCAGAAAAAUGAAAAAUUCAGCAAGUACAGAGAAGAAACCUAAACCUAAUUUAAAUCAAAAACCCAUUAAAACUUCUAAAGCAGCUCAAAAAGAAUCCAGAAGCGCCAAAAAGUCCAAGAAAGAAGAUAUUCUUAAGGAAAAUAAUACUGAAACUGAACCGUGUGCAGAUUCUCGCUACGCAACAUCUGAUAAUAACUUAGACCGUAUUUUGACUGAGAAGCCAGCGACUGCUCCGAAAGUCAAAACACCGACAGAAACUCCACCUACAACCAAAGUGACUCUAACUACUGAAGAAACUUCAACUAAACUCAUUGCAUCCUCAUCACCAAACGAUCAAACAUCUCAAAACACAUCUCUAGUACGAUCUCCUCAUACCAGUGCUUUAAAAGACUUCGCUCUACCAGCUCCACCAAACAGACCCAAACCAACCACUAUGCUUAAAGAACCUAUGGAAAACGGUCCACAAUCACUUGAACAACUAUUGGAACGUCAAUGGAUUGCUGGUGCCCAGAUGGUUAUGGAACAGACGCAGCAUUUUGACGUUGCCUCUCUUUUAUCUUGCUUACAUCAGUUAAGGACUGAAAAUGAAAGACUAGAAGAGAGAGUUCGCCAACUUAUUUCUCGUAGAGAUCAUCUAAUUGCUGUUAACUCACGAUUAUCUCUUCCUCUCAAUGGAUCUCUCGGCUCAUUAGGUGGCCUUUCCACUCAUAGUUCAGCCAUUUCCCAGAACGAAUCUGCAAAUUCUGUUUCCAGUUCGCCUUUAAGUUUUCCUUCAAGCAAUUCAGGAGCCAAUCCGUCUCCGUUAUAUGACAACAACAAAAGUCCUCGCAAUAGUCCAGCAUCUAAUAUAGCAAAUGGAGCAGCAAACCCAGAAAGUCCAUUUUAUCAAAUGAUGAAUUCCGCUCAGCAUCAGCACAUGCCUAACUUCCAACAACCUUAUCUUCGUGGUCCCGAUGAAAGAUGAUAAUAAUAUUUUGUGGUACAAAUUCUCCAAAAAUAAUUUAUUCUUAAUCUAUUCACCUUUAAAGUCGAACCCAGAGCAGUUGGUUUUUCAAAUUAUGACAAAGUUGAUCUUCAUGCUAUAAAAUACAAAAAAAUUAUUUCCUCUACAUUAUUUAUUGUUCUUUCCAACCAAUGGAGGUGUAUUACUGUAUGAUCAAAUCAAAGAUUGUGAUAAUAAUACGCACAACUCAACAAUAUUAGCGCAAAGAAGAUACAACUGCGAUAAAUAAUUUCGAUCGAUUUAGGAUUUUAAAUUGAGACAUCUCAAAGGAAAUCCUUAAUAUUUUCUGACCUUUUCCCUCUCUAUGUCAAUUUUUUUGCAUUAAACCCACAUGACUAUGUAUUAUUAUUUA